AUGGAGAACAAGUGGAGGGAGGAGGGGGAGCAGGCGGGCAGGGAUAAAGAGCGGAGAGCCGAGGACAGGUGCAGACAGAAAAACCUUCCGAGCAGCACCACUGACAUCAUCCAACCCCCGCUUUCUCCCCCUCCCUUUCUUUUCCUCUCUUCCUCCCUCUCCCCACUUCUCUCUCUUCUUGACAUUGCCUUUUCCUGCUUGUCCUUCCUGCUGCCUCUGUUUUCCUUUUCUCUCUCCAUUCUCUGGGUCUGUGUCUUGUUCUUCUUUCUCACCUAUGUAUUCCUUUCUUUCCUUCUCCUUCCCUGCCCCCCCCCACCACCCUCCUCCUCUACAGAACCCUCAGUGAACCCAUCCAAUGCCGGCGUGGUGGCGGGGGCUGUGAUUGGCUCCCUGCUGGCCCUCCUCCUGGUCGCAGCUCUCAUCGCUGUUCUUGUGACCCGAAGCCGCAGGCAACAGCAGGGUUACCGUGCCAACAGCGGCGGCGACAUGAAGUCGCGCAUAUUCGGCGGAGGCAAGAAGGCCAGCAAGAACGGCACUGGGGCCGGUGCAGGCAGCGGGGGCAUCGGUAACAACAACGGGCCCAUCUACGUGUACAACGACGGCUCUGCCCACCAGGGCCUCGGAGAGAAAAACAACCACCACCACCAGCCGCUCACCAUAGGGGGGCGGCCCGAGGUGGCGGCCACCACACCCACCGCCCAGGACAUCCUUCUGAGCGCCGAGCUGGACGAGGCGGAGAGGAGGAAGUUUGAUGAGCUGGAGGAGGAAGAGGAGCGGUAUGACCACUUUGCUGGAGGGGCUCCCAUCCUCCAGCUCCGCCCACCCCAUGACCAGGACGAUAUAAUUGGUGGUUACCUGGAUGAUGACAUGGAGUCCCAGAGGGAUGGCUCCGUCAUCUCACGGACUGCCGUUUAUGUGUAGAGGAACGGAAGAGCAAAGGUGGAGGAGAAGCUGAAAUGGAGGGAUGGAGGAGGAAGAGAAUUCUAGAGAAUUCAUCUGAGGAUUUUGCGAAUUGGGGGGAGGGUCCCCAAAAAAAAUACCACUUAUUUUUAAAAAGAGAUUCUAAAUAUAAUAAACAGCCACAGCGCAGCCCCAGAAAGGAGUGAAUGAACUGUUGAUGCGGGAGUGGUGGAAUAUUCCACAAGAAGGUUUGCGGGGGAGUGUUAAUGAGAUGGUGUCUGCCCCAUAAGUACAAAAAAUUCGAACUCUGUGUUUACCAAACUUAGGAGAAAACGAUCCUUUCCAAACAAAUGUCUCUUCAAUCGCUUUUUCUCAUGCUACUGCUAUCGCGGAGACCUUGACGAGGACUCUGACAGACUUGACUAAAGACAAAACGGAAAGAGUAGAGUGUGGGAGUGGAAUAAUGGCAUCAUGAUACAAGCCUGGCUUUAGAGGAGGUAUCUCGCUAGCAUACUCGUUCUUAUCUACACCAAAACGGCACAAGUGGAAGGGGCAUGCUGCCUUCUUAGUCCUAUUCUCCUGUGGGACACUUUUUUGUUUCGGUCAUGUUAUGCUGUGAGAACGAGUUGGGGAGAAGGUUUCGAGGGCAAAGACGGAAGCCAUCACAAAUUGACGAAAAGGGAAUGAUGUGUUUGCUAUUGUCUGCUGUAUCAGGUCCUCUGUCUGUCAUCUUGUUUUUUCCCAGUCCCUUCAUCGCCCAGAGAAACCCCCCCCCCCCCCAUAUCUCUUCAGCAUUUUUCUCCCUCAUUCAAACUGAUUAUAUGAGCAGUAGGGCUGGGCAAUAUUGACAAAAUCAAAUAUCACAUUAUUUUGGACUGAAUACCCUCAAAAUUGAUCAUUUGAAGAUAGUUUGGGAAUGACUAUUGCUGAUGUUUAUUCACAAGUUUUUUUAGGGAGUUUUUCCUUAUCUGAUGCGAGGGUCUAAGGACAAGAUAUUGUGUUGCUGUAAAGCCCCUUGAGGCAAAUUUGUAAUUUGUGAUAUUGGGCUAUACAAAUAAAAUUGACUUGACAAGAAAAUUUUGAGAACUGGGUGUCCAGGUAGCGUAGCGGUCUAUUCCAUUGUCUACCAACAAGGGGAUCGCCUGUUCGAAUCCCCAUGUUAUCUCCAGCUUGGUCGGGAAUCCCUACAGACACAAUUGGCCGUGUCUGCGGGUGGGAAGCCGAAUGUGGGUUGUGUCCUGGUCGCUGCACUCGCGCCUUCUCUGGUCGGUUGGGGCGCCUGUUUAGGGGGGAGGGGGAACUGGAGGGAAUAGCGUGAUCCUCUCACGCGCUACGCCCCCCUGGCGAAACGCCUCAUUGUCAGGUGAAAAGAAACGGCUGGCGACUCCACAUGUAUCAGGGGAGGCAUGUGGUAGUCUGCAGCCCUUCCCGGAUCGGCAGAGGGGGUGGAGCAGCGACCAGGACAGCUCAGAGAGCGGGAUGAUUGGCCAGGUACAACUGGGGAGAAAAAGGGGCGAACACAUCCUCAGUGGAGGAGGUAGAGUCUGAAGUCUCAGGGGAAGCCCCACCCAUAUCCCUGGCAGAGGUCUCUGAGGUAGUUAAAAAGCUCCUUGGUGGCAAGGCGCUGGGUGUGGAUGAGAUUCACCCUGAGAUGCUCAAGGCUCUGGACAUUGUUGGGCUGUCUUGGCUGACACGCCUCUUCAGUGUCACGAGGGAGGUCGGGGACAGUACCUGUGGAGUGGCAGACUGGGGUGGUGGUUCUCAUAUUUAAAAAGGGGGACCAGAGGGUGUGCUCCAAUUAUCAGGGCAUCACAUUACUCAGCCUCCCUGGGAAGGUUUACUCUAGGGUGUUGGAAAGGAGGCUCUGACCAAUUGUCGAACUUCAGAUCAAGGAAGAACAAUGCAGAUUCCAUCCUGGCCGUGGAACAACGGACCAACUCUUUACCCUUGCGGAAGUGCUGAGGGGGGCGUGGGAGUUUGACCAACCAGUCUACAUGUGUUUUGUGGACUUGGAGAAGGCUUAUGACCGUGUACCCUGGGGCACUCUGUGGGGGGUAUUGUGGGAGUAUGAAGUACCGGAGCAGUUGCUACAAUGCAUCUGGUCCUUGUAUAACUGAAGUGAGUGACUUUGUGCCGAGAAUGCGGACACAGCUAACACGUUUCCAGUAGGUGUCGGACUCCGCCAAGGUUGUCCCUUGUCUCUGAUUCUAUUUGUGAUAUUCAUGGACAGGAUCUCAAGGUGCAGCCAAGGUGAGGAGUGUGUCUGUUUUGGGAACCUCAGAAUUGCAUCUCUGCUCUUUGCAGAUGAUAUGGUUUUGUUGGCUUCAUCAGAACACGACCUCCAGCGCACACAGGGGCGGUUUGCAGCUGAGUGUGAAAUGGCCGGGAUAAAAGUCAGCACCUCCAAGUCUGAGACCCUGUUUCUCUACCGGAAAAUGGUGGAUUGCUCCCUCCGGGUUGGGGAUGAGUUGUCACCUCAAGUGAAGGAGUUCAAGUAUCUCAGGGUCUUGUUCACGAGUGAGGGUAGGAUGGAGCGGGAGAUUGACAGGCAGAUUGGUGCAGCAUCAGCAGUAAUGCGGACAUUGUACCGGACUGUUGUGGUGAGGAGGGAGCUGAGCCGGAAGGUAAAGCUCUCAAUUUACCAGUCGAUCUUCGGUCCAACCCUCACCUAUGGUCAUGAGCUUUGGGUAGUGACCGAAAGGGUGAGAUCGUGGAUACAAGUGGCUGAAAUGAGUUUCCUCUGUAGGGUGUCUGGGCUCAGCCUUAGAGAUAGGGUGAGGAGCUCAGAGUAGAGCCGCUGCUCCUUUGCAUUGAAAAGAGCCUGGUUCGGAGGAGGUGGUUCGGGCAUCUGAUUAGGUUGCCUCCUGGGCGCCUUCCUUUGGAGGUUUACCGGGCACGGCCAACUGGGAGGAGACCCUGGGGUAGACCCAGAACUCGCUGGAGGGAUUACAUGUCCAAUCUGGCCUGGGAUCACCUGGGAUCCCCCAGGAGGAGCUGGAGAGCAUUGCUGGGGAGAGGGAUGUCUGGCGUGCCCUGCUUAGCUUGCUGCCACCACAACCCGACCCCAGAGAAGGAGCUGAAGAUGAAUGAAUGAAUUGCCAUAACCAAAGUCCCAGAUGACAUCUAGUCUCAUCACAAUAUUGAUAUUACACGGGUAUAUUGCCAAUCUAACAAAUAGCACAGUUUAGUCACUCUUGAAUUUCCUAGUAGACUAAACAUGAAUCAGGUGUCUGCUAGCAAACACCAAAAAAGGUGCAGAUGAGGUUUGAGAGCUCAAGUUUGAACUUUAUCCAUACAAGGUGCUCCACAUGCAUACAGUGCCUGGAGGUGAGGGAGGGAAUGAGGUGUAGCCGAUCUGACAGGGUCGAGGGAGAGCAAGAGGGAUGGAGGAGCGGAAAGGAGCACGUCUCUUCUUUCCUCUUCCUCCUCAUCCCCCUCGCCUCAGAGCUCUCCUGACAGGAGGAGUUUGAUUGGUAAUGAGCCGUGAAGUCGCCCGCUUAGCGGGGACCAACAGAUUGCCACCUCUUAUCGUUUAUGACGUGGCGAUUCCGCCCCUAUCCACUUAUUUCUCUAUCGCUCCACCUCUCAGUCUCUCUCCCUCUCUCUCUUCAUCGUUCUCUCUGUCUCGUGCCGUUCCUCUCUCCUGUGCUGUUUAUGAGGAGUGUGAUUUAUCCAGGGCAGCGAGGGGGUCAUGGCUAAAGAGAGCAAACGAGUAUUUCACUGGUCCCGAUGUGUCAAACGCCCCACUUACUCUCCUCUCCUCUACUCUAGCCUGCCCUACUACGGCAGGCCUGACUAAUCAACCCUAAGUGGCCACGCUCACUCUGUUGCACAUACACAUCCAUGUAACUUUCUUGAUUGUUAAAGCCUUCUGCCAUACUUGGAUGUCCACGUGCAACGCCUCCCAACAUGUGGCCUUGCUAGGUUAAACAGGUUUUACAGGGGGAUGUACUAUUGUAUUAUCUCCCCAUCAGUGGACAGUGUGUUGUGUAGUUAGUGGAUUGGGAGGUACCUUUACUGCAUUUAUAUAGCGCUUUUCUAGUCUGCUGACCACUCAAAGCGCUUUACAGUGUAUGCCUCACAUUCACACACUGAUGGUGGAGGCUGCCAUGCAAGGCGCCAACCUGCUCACCUGGAGCAGUUAGGGGUUCAGUGUCUUGCUCAAGGACACGUCGGCACACUCUCCGGAAGAGCCGGGGAUCAAACCAGGAACCCUCCGAUUACUAGACGACCCGCGCUAUCUCCUGAGCCGUGCCGCCCUGAGAUGUUAAAGGUUGCGUCCACAAGAAAGCAACGGGAGUGAUAUUGACUAACGGGCAACCAAUGUUAAGAGUAGGCCUUUAUGAUUCAGCCGCAGGGCUGAUUGUCUACUGACUGUUUAUUUAUGUCACUAACGAGCCACCGGAGGCCAGCGCUGGCAAAUCUGAGGCUCUCUUGGUGUGUGUGCACACGUGUGUGCGUACAUGCCUGCGUGUGUCACUGUUUAACGAGCCACCAGGGUGCUGUGACCCGUUAUCUUCUAGGGGGAUAGUCCUGGCUCCUCGAGUCAUGCCUUGCCUGGCCUCCCGGCCUGGGAAUUGACCCAUUCAUGACUAACCUUUGACCCGGCAGCAAGCUCGUGCUGCAGGGCUGUUAUUGGUUGUCCUGACUCAUCAUCAAAGCCUGGCGUCAGAACUGGGUUGCGGUCUGCCACAGGUCACGAGAUCAAAUGCCAGGCGCCACAAUGCCUAGGGCAGGGAUGACCAUGCCCGACUGUAUCUCUGUUCAUGGGCAUUUAACUCCCAGAUUAUGGAUUUCACACGCACACGAACACACAUGCGCACACGAGCGAUGUCCAUACGAGGCGAUAUCUCUGCCCUUGUGGGGAUCCUUGACCUUGAGAGAGAGAGACGGGAUAGGGGGAUAGAAAGAGGAGGGAGGAACUUGAGAACUGAACAGCGCCACGAUCUGCGGGUCAUAUUCCGCUAAGACAAAUGGAUUUGCCGUCUUAAUCACUUAAGCCCAAACUCUAACCCCUGUCAACUCUGGGUACAUUUAUUCAAUACGGUUCAUUUGUGAUGACCACUGGAAAAAAAAUGUAUUGCUUAUUUUAUUUUAUUUUUUUGCACUUGUGUGUAUCACCGCGACAGGGCACACCCUCAUUUUCAAUCCAUGUGUAAGAAAAGAAAAGAAAUUCCCUCUUUUUUUGGAGAAAUGCGGA